CUGUGUAGGCUGUCCUGGUGUAGGUUGUCCUGGCGCAGGCUGUCCUGGCGUAGGCUGGGGCGGGGUACCUUGAGGUAUACUUCCUUUUCCUGAGUCUCUGGUCUGCGGUGUAUCUUGUCCAAUAGUAGGCUGCGCAGGCGAGUCUUGCUCCUGUGUAGGUUCACCACUCACCAGCGCAGGUUCAGGUUGGGGAACCGGCGUUGUCUCAACCCCACCCACUGCAUUCGGAGCACUGGGGUCCACGCUUGUCCUGAUCUCGAUGACUGUCGGCGUCCUUGUUGUGAUAACAAUUGGUGUUUGCUCAGCCGGGCUCGGCGCGGUCGUAGAUGGCGCAAACCCCUGCUCGUUGCUCCCUCCAACGCCGUUAUUGUUCCACUCGCCCCAGUCGUCCCAGCCAGUAGCCGUCACCUCAGGAUGCCAAAAGGGAGGCGGCUCUUCGCACCAGUCUGGUGGCUCCGGAAGGUCGCAAGGCCAGACCUCCUCUGUGGGCUCAGGCUCGGGAGAUGUUUCGCUGCUCGAGUCUACCAGCGAAGGCGCAAGAUCAUUGACGGCUUCCGAAGGCGAUGAGAUAGGUGCGACUGUGCUUGUCGAACCUACGAUCGGUGCGUUAGGCACAGGCGUAUACGAUGGCGCUGUCGAUGUAUCGACAGUCUCUGCAGCGCGUUAGUACAUAUUUAGUCCCCUACAAUCUCAUAUCGCAUACGGGCACGAACGGCU